AUGCAGGUGCAGCUGUGGGGAGGUAGCUUGCAGCGGUGGUAUGCAGAACACUGCGCGAUUACAGUCUCGAUUUCGGGUACGCGGUACUUGAUCGAAGCGGGAUCGCCGGGACGAGGAGUAGUACCUUUUGUUGCGUAUUUGGGCUGUGACGAUGAUGUAGAUAAAAAUCUUCGUGAUGAAAACGAUCCGGGUUGCAGGGCCGAACCUUCACAAGCUUUUGUCGAUAGCGUGAAGGGCAGAAUUUUUAUCCCAGAAAAGGGAGUUCCUUCGUCUGAACCUUUUGCUUCUUCAGUUUCAACCGGAACUUUUUCUUCUGCAACUAUUUCGACUCCCUCUUCCUCGUGUGCAGAUAGCGGCUUGACUUGCUGCGGGAGCGGAAUAGUUUCUACACUGCAUCGCUUUUGUUCAGUAGGUGGAGCUUCCUCUUCUAGUAGCUUCUCUCUCUCCGACAGAAGUAAUGAUCUUCUCAAGCGCUGUUAUCCAGCGCAGGAGAUGCGCGAAUCCGACAGCAGUAGCGCUAUCAUGUAUCGUACGGUGGAGGAUCCCAUAGGCGGAUUUUUGUAUCGCGACAAACGCGUGCGCCGUAAGCCGACCUGCUCUGAAAGCGAUAAAAUCCUCCAGUUCAGAGAUGAUUGGGUGUGGAAGUUCCGCUACCGCAAGCACCCCAAUAUCGUCCCUAUGCGUGUCUUCUACCCGGCCUUGGAACCAGCGGCGACAGAAGAGAGGCUCUGA